ACGGAGCGGAGCGGAGCAGAGCGCGCUCUCUCCCUGACACGGUGCCCAGUCCUAGCAAGGCGAGAGCGCGCGCACGGACGGGGCCGGCACACACACUAUUUGAUCCCACGGUGUGCCACAAACCGCAGGUGUCUUGAGCUGCAAUCCAUUGCCUCUGCGCCUUGCUUCGAACCUACUUGAUCGCUGCCUCAUCUCACUCACUCACCAAGCUCCUCUCUCUCUCUCUCUCUCUCUCUCUCUCACCCCCUUUGCCCAGUGAGCUUGCGGUUCUUGCCACGCACGCCUCCGCCCAUAUAUACCCGACCAUAUAACACCACCAGGCAACCAUCGAUCGGUAGGAAGCAACCGUCGCUCCAUCUUACCCAUCGCCGUCACAUCCAUCCAAUUCCAAGCUCGUCGGAGUUGCUCCGGCGCCAACAACUGCCGGGAAGAUUAGGCGCACGCACGCUCGUCCGGCCGGCGUUAAUGGGACGUCCGACGUCUGGGGGCGCGGAGCAGCCCAAGCUCCGCAAGGGGCUGUGGUCGCCCGAGGAAGACGAGAGGCUCUACAACCACAUCAUCCGGCACGGCGUCGGCUGCUGGACCUCCGUCCCCAGGCUCGCCGGGCUGCACCGGUGCGGCAAGAGCUGCCGCCUCCGCUGGCUCAACUACCUCCGCCCCGACCUCAAGCGCGGCACCUUCUCGCAGCAGGAGGAGGACGACAUCGUCGCGCUCCACCGGAUCCUCGGCAACAGGUGGUCACAGAUCGCGUCGCACCUGCCGGGCCGGACGGACAACGAGAUCAAGAACUUCUGGAACAGCUGCAUCAAGAAGAAGCUCCGCCAGCAAGGCCUGGACCCCGCCACGCACAAGCCCAUGGCCGCCGGCGCAGCCCCGGCGGCAUUGCCGGACGCGGAAGUGGAGGACCGUAAGCCCCUUGCCGCGGCGGCCGACGGCGGCCUCGCUCUGAAACAGUCAGCGGGGUUCGAUCCGUUCCCGGUGUGCGCCGAUUACGGCGGCGGGCUCAGCGGUGACCUCGGCGCCGCACUGUACGCCCAGUUCGGGGAUUGCAAGGACGCCGGCGACUACAGCUGCGUGCUGGACGUGUCGGAGAACCUGGGCUACGGGGAGAGCUCGAGCAACAGCAGCAACUGGAACUACGGCGGCGAGGUGGGCAGCGUGCUGGACGGCGAGGUGCCGCACUGGGCCAAGGCGGAGAUGGAGCGGCAGCACGACGAGCCGCUCGAUUACAAGUUCUCCUUACCCUACCAAGAAAGCCUCCACACAAAUUUCGAGUUCAAUUUGGAACAAUACUUCUGAUCUUUUUCUUUCUUUACGUAUUCAAAAAUAUUUCCCUACUUUCUCCCUUCAUUUUUAUAAGAGACAAGGGUCACACCAUUAAAGCGCAAAUUAGUGAUACUU